CACAGCCGCACUGCGCCUUCCUGCCAAUGUCUCCGCUCCCAAUCUCGCCUGCACGUUGCGAGACGCCCAGGAGCCGCCCUGCCAGCCCCACCCGCCGGGCCCCACCUCGGCCACCCCGCCCCAGCCAGCCGGUGCCCGCCGCCUAAUCCGCACUCGGCAGCAACCCUGCCCGGCGGCCGGCGGUGUGCUGCAGCGGCCCGAUUUGAGUCACACAGAACAAUUGUGCUCGCAGGAAUACGGCACUUCUUCAGGAAGCAGUACCGACAGUAUCUCGAGUCUGGUUCCUCCCUUCCGAUGGCGACCGCCGCCGAGCCCGACGACGCCGUGCUCUUCGCCGGCGUGUCCCUCGUGUUGGGUGCCGCCUGCCGCCACCUCUUCCGCGGCACGCGCGUCCCCUACACCAUCGCCCUCCUUGUCCUUGGUGUUGCUCUAGGGUCACUAGAGUACGGGACAAAAGACGGUCUAGGCAAACUUGGAGCUGGCAUGCGUAUCUGGGCUAACAUAAAUCCUGAUCUUCUCCUGGCUGCUUUCCUUCCGGCCCUUUUGUUUGAGAGCGCCUUCUCGAUGGAAGCACACCAGAUAAAGAAAUGCAUGGCGCAGAUGCUCUUACUUGCUGGCCCUGGUGUGCUAAUGUCAACAUUUUUGCUUGGCACUGCUCUCAAGCUUACUUCUCCAUAUGAUUGGAACUGGGAAACAUCAUUGUUGCUUGGUGGUCUGCUUAGUGCCACUGAUCCUGUGGCCGUGGUUGCAGUUCUAAAAGAGCUUGGAACAAGUAAAAAGCUCAGUACGAUUAUUGAGGGAGAAUCCUUGAUGAACGAUGGGGUUUCUGUUGUUGUCUAUCAGUUAUUCUUACAAAUGGUGCUCGGAAGAAGCUUCAAUACAGGGUCUAUAUUGAUGUUCUUAUCGGAAGUUUCACUUGGAGCUGUUGCUCUGGGCCUUGCAUUUGCAAUCAUAUCAUUACUAUGGCUUGGCUUUACUUUCAACGAUACAAUCUUGGAGAUGACGCUAACUCUUGCUGUCAGCUAUAUUGCUUUCUAUACUGUGCAAGAUGCACUGAAGUACUCUGGUAUUUUGACCGUCACAGCUUUGGGAAUGUUCUAUGCAGCUUUUGCAAAAACUACUUUUAAGGGCGACAAUCGCCGAAGUUUGCAUGAUUUCUGGGAAAUAGUUGCUUACAUUGCGAACACAAUUAUUUUCAUACUGAGUGGGGUUAUUAUUGCAGAUGGUGUGCUAAGACAUAAUGUCCAUUUUGAGAGGCACGGCACUUCAUGGGGGUUUCUUCUUCUGCUCUAUUUCUAUGUACAAAUGGCACGGGCUGCAGUUGUCGGUGCUCUAUAUCUUUUGUUGCGCUACUUCGGGUAUGGUUUGGACUUCAAAGAAGCCAUAAUCAUUGUUUGGUCUGGGCUGCGAGGUGCUGUUUCCCUAUCAUUAGCACUGUCUGUUAAACGUGCUAGUGAUACAGCUCAACCUUUUCUGAAACCAGAAGUGGGAACAAUGUUUGUGUUCUUCACUGGUGGCAUCGUGUUUCUGACCCUGAUAUUGAAUGGUUCUACCACACAAUUUUUGUUGCACGCACUUGGUAUGGACAACCUGUCAGUAACAAAGCUUCGCAUGUCGAAUUAUGCUAGACAUGAAAUUCUAAACAAGACAUUAGAAGCUUUUGGUGAUCUCAAAGAUGAUGAGGAGCUUGGUCCUGCUGACUGGGUUACAGUUAAGAAAUAUAUCACAGGCUUGAGUAACUUGGAAGAUGAACAUGCACAUCCACAUGAUGACAAUCAUGAUCACAUACAUACCAUGAAUUUAAGGGAUGGCCGAGUGCGUCUUUUGAAUGGUGUGCAAGCCAGUUACUGGGCAAUGCUUGACGAGGGACGGAUAACUCAAGCUACAGCCAAUAUUUUGAUGCGAUCAGUUGAUGAAGCUAUGGAUCUUGUUUCUAGCCGACCAUUAUGCGAUUGGAACAGUUUGCAGUCCAAUGUCUAUUUCCCAAGUUACUAUAGGUUCCUUUCUGCAAGCAUGUUACCACAAAGUUUUAUCACAUACUUCACAGUACAAAGAUUGGAGUCAGGGUGUUACAUCUGUGCUGCAUUUCUUCGUGCUCAUAGAAUUGCAAGGAGACAACUACAAGAUUUUCUUGGUGAUAGUGAGAUUGCAAAAAUUGUUAUUGAUGAAAGUAAUGCUGGGGGAGAGGAAGCUAGAAAGUUCUUGGAAGAAGUUCGCUGUACAUUCCCUCAGCUUCUUUGUGUGCUAAAAACUCGACAAGUAACAUAUGCGGUAUUGACACACUUGAGUGAGAAUGUUCAAAACCUAUGGAAGACUGGGUUACUGGAAGAAAAAGAAAUGGCACAUCUGGAUGAUGCUUGGCAGUUAAUCACUUGUCAGACAGAUCUCAAGAAGCUUAAGAGGAGUCCACAAUUAGUGAAAAUGCCAAGAGUUAGCGAUCUUUUAGGCGCUCAUCCAUUAGUCAGCAUGCUGCCUGCUGCUGUGCGUGCUCCUUUGUUAAGCAAUACAAAAGAAAAUGUAAAAGGGCAUGGGGCAGCCCUUUAUAUGGAAGGCUUAAGAGCAACUGGUAUAUGGAUUGUUUCGAUCGGAGCAGUAAAGUGGAGAAGUCAGAGGCUAAGCAGCAGGCAUUCUUUGCACCCAAUUUUCUCACAUGGAAGCACUUUGGGUCUAUACGAGGUGCUAACAGGAAAGUCUUGUCUCUGUGACAUGAUUACAGAUUCUCUCGUCCGCUGUUUCUUCAUUGAAGCUGAAAAGAUAGAUCAAUUGCGUCAGUCAGAUCCUUCUGUUGAGGCUUUUCUGUGGCAGGAAAGUGCUGCAGUCAUUGCUAAGCUCUUGAUCCCACGUGUGUUCGAGAGAAUGACAAUGCAAGAGACACGGCUUCUCGUCAGCACAGGAUCUGCUAUGAACUUGUACACCAAGGGCGAAGACAUCAUACUCGAGCAUAAUUACAUCGGCAUCUUACUAGAAGGAACUUUGAAGGCGGAGAACCAAAAUAACAUCGUUCCUCCAGGAGUGCUGCUGCCAUCAAGCAUGGACCUGGAGUUACUUGGUCUGCAGUCUUCAGAAAUGAACCAUAUGGACAGUUGCUCCGCAGCAAACAGCUAUCAGGUGGAAGCACAAGCAGCUAGAGUUAUCAUCUUCGAAGUAGGGAGGCUGUUCACGGAGGCCAAUGGGCAGAGGAACCAGCCGGGUGGUAGCUUCUCUGCUGAAGCCUUGCAGCUCAGCAUGGAAGAAUCCACUGGAGAAGAACAAGUCAUCAUUACCGUCGACUCUACGAACAAGCUGCCCUUGGGCGAUUCAUCAUCUGGCGUGACGCGAGGCAGCUGAUGGGAUCUUGUGCGAAUAUAGUAGCGUGCUUGAUGUAGCAAUCAUGAAAUUGAUCUUGCUUCUCGAGAAACACUUGGCUUAUUACUUGCUGUUAUAACUAAAUAGGGACAUGGUGAUUAUGACCAUGCAUUUGGCGAAUAUGGCAGCUACGUAAUGAUAUUACUCAUGGAAAGGGUGAGACCCUGGUUCAAGCUA